AUGGCAAGACACGUCUUCACCAUGGCAAACUAUUCUGUCGACGAGAGAUUGCGUCGUUUCUCGACAAGACGACAACAACUCGAGACGACUGCGAUGCCUUCGCGACUGGUCUCGGUGGCUCUGUCUCUGGAGAUGUCACAUAUUGCUCGGUUAAUUUACGGCGACUUUGUGCCGCGGGUCGAAUAUCGUUGCCAGCUCGGCGGAAACAAUGUGGCCGAGAACGACGAAGCGGGCGCCAUGGAACGCAAAAACUCGAAAACCUAG